AUUCAGAAUGCCUUGUUUUGCUUUUCCUUUAUUUAGUUUGGUAAACGGUAGGCCGCCACCCACACUCGAAUGUGUACACCUUCGAUGCUGUCUGAUGGGUAAACGCGGCCCUUUGACACGCACAAGAAAUGCCGCUUGACAGGAGAAAGAGGUGACAAUUACAACAAAAAAGUAUACUGCCUCAGAUUCUCUUCAGAGUGUCCCCUUUUAGGGAAACGGGACAUUAGAUUUAGCUCUUGACCCCCAGUUCUGAGGAAAAGCUGAAAACAACCCCCGACCUCGGCUGCGUGGGUGGGUUUGGGCCCGCCUCACCCUUUGCGCAUGCGGCGGAAGGCCCUGCUGAUUGGCCAGCGGACGGACCGGCGGGGCGCGGUAAUUGGUUGGUGCGAACCCCGUGUCCCCCUGAGCCCGCUGGGUCUUCUCGGCGCGCGCGCCGGAGGAGCUUUGAAAGUUGAGGCGAGCGGCGGUCAUGGCGGCUUGGCGGGACCUGGCGAGCGCCCUGCAGCCCUGGUGCCCGCUGGACCUCAGUCCAGAAUGGGUGGGCACAGUAUGGGAACUGGAAUUCACGGAAACUGAGCCUCUGGAUCCCACCAUAGAAGCAGAGAUCGUGCAGACCGGACUGAGCGCAUUCACAAAUCUCUAUGACAGUCUUUUAACUUUUGCUGCUGGGGAGCAUGGACCUACAGAGAGCAUUUGGACCUUCUUCAUGGAGAACAGCAUUUCCCACAACGCGCUGAUGGCCUUGUUCCAUCACUUCGUUCAGACGGUCCUUAAGAAAAACGUCAGUGCCCAGCAGCGGGAAUUUGGCCUUCAUGCCGCUGGGCUUUAUUUUCUGCUGCUGGAAGUACCAGGCAGUAUAGCCAACCAAGUUUUCCACCCAGUGAUGUUUGACAAAUGUAUUCAGAUUCUAAAGAAGAGUUGGCCUCAGGAAUCCAGCUUGAAUCCGAAAAGAAAAAAAGAACAACCAAAGAAUGCUCAGGCCAACCCAAGGGAGAGUAGGAAGAGAGGAAGGCCCCCCAGGAAAGAGGAGAUGGAGAUGGAUGAAGUGAUUGAAGAACAAGAGGAUGAAGAGAAUAUUUUUUUUUCUUCCCGAGACCUUUGUCAAAUUCGAAAUGCCAUCUUUCACGUCUUGAAGAAUUUUUUAAGGCUUCUGCUCAAGUUUUCCCUGAAAGAAAAGCCACAAUGUAUACAGAAUUGUGUAGAGGUCUUCGUUGCAUUGACUAAUUUUGAACCAGUUCACGAAUUUCAUGUUACACAAGCCAGAAACCUUAACCAAGCAAAAUACAUACCAGAACUGGCCUAUCAUGGAUUGUAUUUGCUGUGCUCCCCAAUUCACAGAGAAGGAGAUAAGGUUAUCAGAUGUGUUUUCCAUCGAAUGCUCUAUGUAAUAUUAAUGUUAGAAGUGGGCAAAGGCUCCCAUCACGCCCCCCUUGCCAUCACUUCUCCAGCCAUCAGUGGUAAAAACCAGGCAGUCCAGUUUGUCAGCUCACUUGUGGAUGAACUAAAAGAAAGUAUGUUUCCAGUCCUUCGUGUCUUACUCCAGCACAUCUGUGUCAAGGUGGUCGAUAAAUCCGAGUACCGGACCAGUGCAGCUCAGUCCCUGGUGCAGCUGCUCAGCAAGCUUCCUUGUGCGGAAUAUGCUUCUUUCGUGGCCUGGCUUUAUGGAUAUUCACGAAAUGCCAAGAUUCCGUACCGGGUGUUCACUCUUGAUGUUGUCUUGGCUCUGCUGGAACUGCCUGAACGAGAGGUGGACGGCACGCUGCCCCCAGAGCAUCAGAAGUUCCUGAAGCAUAAGUUCUUGGUGCAGGAAAUCAUGUUUGCCCGCUGUGUAGACAAGGCUCCGACUGUGCGCAGCAAGGCACUGUCCAGUUUUGCGCACUGCCUGGAGUUCUCUGCUACAGCUGCGUCAGAGAGCGUCCUGGAACUUCUGGUGAACACUCCUGCAGUUUCAGGAAUAGAGAGCCACCAUGACGCUUCACUGAAAAAUUCAUCAGCUUUUUCCUAUCAGAGGCAGACAUUUAACCCUUCUGGAGGCUCAGAGGUGAUCAAUAUAGACAACAGUGGUGAAACAGCUGGAUAUAGGGGAAGGGGUCUCAUGAUGAUGCUGAGGAGCAGGGUUGGAGAUGAGAAGACCAACGUCAGGAAGUCUGCGCUCCAGGUCUUAGUGAGCAUUUUGAAGCACUGUGACGUCUCGGGUAUGAAAGAAGAGCUGUCAAUCCUGCAGGACCGGUGUCGGGACCUUGCUGUGUCUGUACGCAAGCAGGCCUUGCAGUCUCUCACCGAGCUUCUUAUGGCACAGCCUCAGUGUGUCCAGGUACAGAAGGCCUGGCUGGGGGGGGUUGUCCCGGCCGUGAUGGACAGUGAGAACACCGUGCAGGACAAGGCCCUGGAGUGUCUCGACCAGCUCUUGCUGCAGAACAUCAGGCAUCAUGGUCAGUUCCACUACGGGGACAACAGCCAGGUGCUCGCCUGGACGCUGCUGACACUGCUGAGCACAGAGAGCCAGGAACUGGGCCGCUAUUUAGAUAAGGCUUUUCACGUCUGGUCCAAGAAAGAUAAGUUCUCCUCCACUUUUGUAAACAAUGUGCUCUCCCACACUGGCAAGGAGCACUCUGCCCCGGCCUGGAUGCUGCUCUCCAAGGUUGCUGGCUCGUCACCCACGCUGGACUACACCCAAAUCAUAAAGUCCUGGGAGAAAAUAAGCAGGCAGCAGGACCCCAAUGCAGACACCUUAGGGCACAUCCUCUGUGUUAUCGGGCAUAUUGCAAAGCAUCUUCCUCAGAGCACCCGGAACAAGGUGACAGAUGUUAUCAAAAGUAAGCUGAAUGGAUUCUGGUGGUCACCAAAGUUGAUCAGCCCAGCUGUUGAUACUUUGCAAAGACUCUGUAGAGCAUCUGCAGAGACGCCAGCGGAGGAGCAGGCCAUAGAGUUUCUUGUGAGCAAGUUGUGUGUCGCGGGCAGUCUGAUGGACGCGCGGUGCCCUUCAGAGAUGGCCUUUGACUUGCCGCAGGGACUACUGGUGCAGGCGUGCGGGGACGUGCUUUCUGCCUGUGUGCGCUGCCUCUCCGACAUAGUUCUGAAGGAGGACGGGACCGGGAGGAUGAACGAAGACCUGGCGGUGAAGUACAUUUUUACCUUAGGAGACGUAGCCCAGCUUUGUCCAGCCAGAGUGGACAAGAGAGCCUUCCUGCUGAUGCAGUCCAUCCUGGCUGCUUCUGCCAGCACGGAGCAUUUGACCAUGUCGGACCCAGGCAGCAGUGAGGCCGCAUCCUCCCAGCCCAUCUCCCAGUUCCAGGGCUCUGUCAUGCCCUCUGUGAUCAGAGCACAUGCCGUCAUCACCUUGGGGAAGCUGUGCUUGCAGCACGAGGAUCUUGCAAAGAAGAGCAUCCCGGCCCUGGUGCGGGAGCUGGAGGUGUGCGGGGAUGUGGCCGUCCGCAACAACGUCGUCAUCGUCCUGUGCGACCUCUGCGUCCGGUACACGGUCAUGGUGGACAAGUACAUCCCCAACAUCUCUGUGUGUCUGAAGGACUCGGACCCCUUCAUCCGCAGGCAGACCCUCUUCUUGCUCACUAACCUCCUGCAGGAGGACUUCGUGAAGUGGAAGGGCUCCCUGUUCUUCCGGUUCGUCAGCACGCUGGUGGACCCGCACCCAGACAUCGCUAGCACUGGGAAGUUCUGCCUGGCCCACCUCCUGCUGAAGAGGAACCCUGCCAUGUUUUUCCAGCACUUCAUCGAGUGCAUCUUCCACUUCAGCAGCUACGAGAAGCAUGAGAAGUACAACAGGUUCCCCCAGUCGGAGAGAGAGAAGCGGCUGUUCUCACUGAAGGGGAAGACAAACAAGGAGAAGCGGAUGAAAAUCUACAAGUUCCUUCUGGAGCACUUCACAGACGAGCAGCGGUUCAACAUCACUUCCAAAAUCUGCCUGAGCAUCCUGGCGUGCUUUGCCGACGGCGUCCUGCCCCUGGACAUGGAAGCCAGCGAGCUGCUUUCGGACGCAUUCGAGGUGCUCAGCUCAAAGGAGAUCAAGCUGCUGGCGAUGAGGGCUAAACCGGACAAGGACCAGCUCGUGGAGGAGGAGGACCUGGCCCUGGCCAAUGUGGUCAUGCAGGAGGCGCAGAAGAAGCUCAUCUCCCAGGUUCAGAAGAGGAAUUUCAUAGAAAAUAUUAUUCCAAUUAUCACCUCCCUGAAGUCUGUACUAGAGAAGAAUAAGAUCCCAGCUCUGCGGGAACUCAUGCAGUAUCUCAGGGAGGUGAUGCAGGAUUACCGAGAUGAAAUCAAGGAUUUCUUCGCGGUUGACAAGCAGCUGGCCUCAGAGCUCGAGUACGACAUGAAACGGUACCAGGAGCAGCUGGCCCAGGAACAGGAGCUGGCGAGGCAGGCCGAUGCAGACAGGGCGGCCGCGAGCGCCCAGGGGGCGCAGGCCGGGCAGGUUGUUCCAAGUUUGGAAAUGCCAGCUCCUGCCGGCCGAGAAAAUGGCACCGUGGGCACCGCCGCCAGCCAGGCGUCCACAUCCAGGCCCCAUGCUGCCCACGCACCUCUGUCCCUGGACACUGGGCCACUGAAGAGGCUGGUGCCCAAAGCCAGGCCCAUGUCGCCGAGCACCAUCGCCAUCCUGAAUUCCGUCAAGAAGGCCGUGGAGUCGAGCGGCCGGAGCGUGGGGCUGCCACCCUUCACCAUGUGUCCCCAGGGCCCAGGCGAGCCCACUGAGCGCGUGUCCUCGCAGGGCUUGGAGCAGGAGUCCAGCGGAGCUCUUGACCUCAUAACUAAACGGGCGAUCAGCACCCCUGACCGGACCAUCCAGAAUGUCACGUUUGGAGCGGGACUCAGCUACAUCAGCUCACCCCGGACACCCUUUCCCGUCAGAGGCCACUCCCCCCCGGCCAGGUCCACGAGCCGUGCCGGCACUCCAGGAAGUCUGGGGGUGUCAGAGGCCCCGGGCCACGGGGACAACGUUCUUUGUCUGUCGCUGCCCGACAUGCCGCCCCCGCAGCCCCCGCAGUGGAACGUGACAUCUCCCGCCAGAGGAAAGGACAGCGCAGCCCCCAGGAGGUCACGCCGCAAGGCCCCCCUGAAAACAGCCAACUGACCACUGUGCCCCUGGCCCCAGACGCUUCCACUGUGAGCAAAGGGCUCGCCUGUGAGUCCAGCGCCGCCCAGCUUUUCACCUGUGUGGUUGGUCAACCUUUUCAGUUUCUCCUUAUGAAAUGCCUGGUUAAAAAGUGUAAAAUACUGGAGAAAUGCCUUAAGCAUUUAAUACUGUAACUUUACUCCAGAUGGAAGGAGGCUGCCAGAGGGCGGCUUCCCACUCUGCUUCUCCAGGGACCCUUGCUGGACUGGAGGUCCUGCUCUUGCAGAAAGGUCUCCUUCCCUGGCUUCUCCCCACCGUGGUUUGUGACCCUCUUUUCCCGACUUCUGCCAACCUGUGUCAUGUGCUAAUUGUGUGCAAUAAACCGAAGAGAUUUGUGAAUUUAAAAAAA